CACAGUGGCCAUGGCGCCUGGAAUGGCUCCUGAGCCGGCUCCUGCGCCCUCUGUGGGGGAGAAGUCCGAGGGCGCCGACUCCUGGCUGGGCCGGGCAUGGCCGGCGCUCCCCGGCACGUGGGCUUCUCACUGUCCCGGGGGCCGCUCCAUCCUAGUGUAGCCGGCUACUGGCAUCCCACCCUCCACGCCUGUAGCCCUUCCGGGCCACCCCGGGAAUGGGCAGCCGCGGGAAUGCAGAAACUGGGACUGGUCAACCUGGGAGGGGGGACCCACAGUGGGCAGACUCUGCCCCCAGCUGGUGGAAACCCUUCACCCCCCUUCCAGUCAGCGGUCCCUAGGCAGCGUGUACAGCUGCGCACUCAGGAAACAGACCGGAUUGGCCGCAGGGACAGCUAUCUGGAAACUUUCCCUGGGUCUUUGCCACCUGUCUUUUCGUUCUUACUCCCCACCUUCCCAAUUCAGCGCCCAGCACAUGUCAUCGGGUGUCACUGGAGUGUCACAGAGAUCUGAGUUUGGACCUCCGCUUUGCCACACGCAGGCUGAGCAGCUUUGAGCAAUUUGUUUAACCUGUCGGAGCCUCUGUUUCCCCAUCUAUAAAAUGAAUAUACUAACAUCAACCUCUCAGAAUUUUUGAGACUGAAUGAAAUAUGGUUAAUAACAAUACCAUCUUUAACUUUUGCUUACUAUCUCUCACUUUCUGUCUUGAUUAAAUGUUUCUGCUGGGUUGGCAGGCUGUGACCAUGAUGAUGAGUCCAGUUUAGAGUCAGCUCUAGUUUAGAGUCAGCUCCCCGAGGGCAGCAUGCAGGCUGCUUUCUUGUGCCUGUAACUUUUUGAUUAUGGAGAACAAAGAGGCACGAAAAGCACUAUGCAGAAUACAUUUAUUUUUAAGCAGCAACUUCAGCAAAGGCAGGUAACUUCUUGAGGGCAUACUGUGUGCUGGGAGCUUUAGGACAAAGUCUCAUUUCAUCAUAUCCUAAUCCUAAGCAUUAGGCUGUUGGCACCAAGUCUGCAGAGUUCACUGGCCCUUUGUUUAGUGCUUGUAUCUCAAGUGUCUAGGACAGUGUCUGGCACAUGGUGAGCGCUCAGUUAAUACAUAUUGAGAGAAUGAAUGAAUCAUGCUUGCAAUAAAUGAGAAAAAUGAAAACUCAAGAGAAUUUAAACCAUUUACACAAGACCAUGUUGACACUAAGAGACAAAACUAGGAUCUGUGUGAUUCUAAAGCUAAAGUGCUGUCUUCUGACCACAUGUUCCCCUGUAAUGUUCUGAGCUUUGUUUAUCCAGAUUUUUUUGAAGACUGUAUUUUUAUACCUUGUCUCUGUUCCCUUAAGCUUCUAUUUGCUAUGUAUAUUAUUUAUUCUUCUCUUUUUUAUACCCUUAUGUUCUUGCAUAUGCUGAAAAUUCUUACCUGCAGUAACUUGGGAAGAUGUGUAUCUUAUUUGGAAUACAAGAGCCCUGAGGAUGAUGACAGGAAGGUCCGAAGGAGAGAAAAAAACCGCGUUGCUGCUCAGAGAAGUCGGAAGAAGCAGACUCAGAAGGCUGAUAAGCUCCAUGAGGAGUAUGAGUGCCUGGAGCAAGAAAACACCAUGCUGCGGAGAGAGAUCGGGAAGCUGACGGAGGAGCUGAAGCACCUGACAGAGGCACUGAAGGAGCACGAAAAGAUGUGCCCACUGCUGCUCUGCCCCAUGAACUUUGUGCCAGUGCCUCCCCGGCCAGACCCCGUGGCCGGCUGCCUGCCCCGAUGAAGCCGAGGACACUCCUCUGCCCAACGAGGAGGCUUGGUUGUUUUCAUACCUGAAAGGAAGGGUUUCCCUUCACAGUUGUAUACAGGGGGCACCUGUGGCCAGGCCUCUUCCUAGGCACUCCAGGACCAGCCAGCUGUGUCCCCUGCAGACUGGGCUCAGCACGACGUCCAACAGGCGCCAGACUCACAGAGCCCUUGUGCAGAUCCAGCAUGGAGGCCACCCUCAGGAGUGGCUUCUCAUCCACCCUGGCAGCUAGUGGGUUCUGCUGCUAUGCAGAGCCAUUCCUCUAGAAUUUGGAUAAUAAAGAUGCUUAUUGUCUCCCCUUUCUCCAGUUCUUGGAAUUUAGAGACACAAUACACUUCCUCUUCCUGGA